GGCGCGGCUCGGCCAUGGCGGCGGCCGUGGAGCGGCGUCUCGCCCAGUUCCGCGCCGCCCGCGGCAGCGCUGCCGCCGCUCCGCGCCCCGCCGAGCCGCCGGGAAAGGCCGCGCCUCCGGAGGCCGCCGAGGGACCGCGGGCAGCUGCGGUGGGCCGGGGCGGCGGCGCUCAGGUCCGUCCCGGCGCGGCGGCCGCUCCGGUGUGGGCGCGCCCGCUGCUGCUGAAGGUGCUGCUGUGGGCCGUGCUGCUGGCGCUGUUCGCGGAGCUGGAGCUCGGCCUGCCCUUCUUCGUCCUCUCCCUGCUCUACUGGAUGUACGCCGGCACCCGCGGCCCCGCCGAGCGGCGGCCCGGCGAGCUCAGCGCCUACUCCGUGUUCAACCCCGGCUGCGCCGCCAUCGCCGGGACGCUGACGGCCGAGCAGCUGGAGCGGGAGCUGCACUACCGGCCCGCGGCGGGCAGCUAGCGCCCGGCCCGGCGGGACUGCGCCGAGGAGGGGCCGCGGCUUGGGGAAACCAAAUGGGGUUUGUUCCUGUGCAAAAAACCUGCCGAGCCUUACUGCUGGCCCCCUGUCCCGUCCCCAAUAAAGCCGUAGCAAAGCCUG